AUGCUAUCAGCCAGCAGUCAGAAAUAUUCUUUCGCCCAGUCUCAGGGGCUGACUCCACAGCUGGCCGGUUUCUGCAGGCCACGAGGUCACCACCACCACCACCUCCUCUGCCGGCAUGUUCCAGCGGUCUCUAGGGUUGCCUCUCUGAUUCCCUCCCUCUCUCCCUCUCUCCGGAGGGAGUCGCUGGCGGGUAGCAGAGCCCUGCUGGAGGAAGCGGAUUCUGAUCCUCAGCCCAGCGGAGGCCCAGCUCCCGGAACGCCUGCAGAGCCCGGGAGCACUGGAAGGGGUGGAGUGUGGGCAGAGGCGAAGCAGGAAACCCCAGGCCAGGCCUGCCUGAGCUGGGGGCACUGUGGAGGGGAGGGACAGAGCGACGCCCAGCUGGGUUGCCCGGCCCGCUUACCUGCACUGGCGACGCGUCGCGCGCCCGGCCCUCGGGAGGAGGCGAGCCUGGCCCGAAGGCCUUUGGAUUCCGGGACCGCCCCCUCCUGCUCCCUGGCUGGCGGCGACCGGCAGAGACGGCUGGAGCCGCAGCGGCAGGAUGAGAGUCGAUGCCACCCCUUUUCGCCUGCGGACGCGCGGCAAGCGGUGCCGGCUCAGCCUGUGCGCUCCAUGGGGAUGCCGUGGGGCCCCGCGGUCGGCGGGCGGCGCGGGCGGCGUAGAGGCCUGGGGCUACCACCGAGCGCUUUGGCGGUGGCGGCCGCCGGGUUGAUGUGCACCGCUCUGGUAGCCUACGCCUGCUGGGGACAGCUGCCGCCGCUACCUUGGGCGUCCCCGGCUCAGUCGCGGCCAGUGGGCGUGCUCCUUUGGUGGGAACCCUUCGGGGGUCGCGGCCCCGCAUCAAGGCCGACACCUGACUGCCAGCUGCGCUUCAACAUCAGCGGCUGCCGCCUUCUUACCGACCGUUCGACCUAUGGAGAGGCUCAUGCCGUACUUUUCCACCACCGUGACCUCGUGAGAGGACCCCCCGACUGGCCCCCGCCCUGGGGCAUCCAGGUGCGCACAGCAGAGGAGCUGGAGCUGCGAGUAUUAGAUGACCUGGAAGAAGAAGCGGCGGCUGCCGCCGAAGCCCUGGCGAUCUCCAGCCCCAGGCCCCCGGGCCAGCGCUGGGUGUGGAUGAACUUCGAGUCGCCCUCCCACUCUCCGGGGCUUGGGAGCCUGGAAAGUAACCUCUUCAACUGGACGCUCUCUUACCGGGCUGACUCAGACAUCUUCGUGCCUUAUGGCUACCUGUAUCCCAGGAGCCACCCUAGGGACCAGCCGAUAGGUCAGGUACCGCCGCUGGCCCAAAAACGGGGGCUGGUGGCCUGGGUGGUGAGCAACUGGGACGAGCGACAGGCCAGGGUCCGCUACUACCACCAGCUGAGCCAGCAUGUGCGGGUGGAUGUGUUUGGCCAGGGAGGGCCAGGGCGGCCCGUGCCUGACAGCGGGCUUCUACACACUGUAGCCCGUUACAAGUUUUACCUGGCUUUUGAGAACUCGCAGCACCUGGAUUAUAUCACCGAGAAACUCUGGCGCAACGCGUUGCUGGCUGGGGCCGUGCCAGUGGUGCUAGGCCCAGAUCGUGCCAACUAUGAGCGCUUCGUGCCGCGAGGCGCCUUCAUCCAUGUAGACGACUUCCCUAGUGCCUCCUCACUAGCCACCUACCUGCUCUUUCUGGACCGAAACCUGGCAGUUUACCGCCGCUACUUCCACUGGCGCCGGAGGUAUGCAGUACACAUCACCUCCUUCUGGGACGAGCCUUGGUGCCGGGCCUGCCAAGCUGUGCAGACUGCCGGGGACCAGCCCAAGAGCAUACGCAACCUGGCCAGCUGGUUUGAGCAGUGAGGCUGUCUGCCCCUGAAUGUGACCUUUUUGAUCCUUUUCUGCACAUUUUCCUGACUGCCAAAUCAUGGGACUAAGUUCUCCGAAAACCUAUUUUUGCUCUAUAAGGAAAAGGUGAUUUACCAAUUAAUAUUAUUUAGCACAAGGAUGGAGUGGGGAAGAUCCCUGGUUCUUACAUUUUUUGCACAACUAGUUCUCUGCUGUUCAUGGGUUAUCAGUGUUUCUCGUGAAGAAAGGGUUCUUUCCAUGCUCCUUACAGAUGUGAAGAAAUAGCUUAGCUACAAGAUGCCUUUAGGAGAUUUCUUUGAAUUUCCUCAUCUGCCUUAGUUAGGCCUUAUCUGUGGCCUGUGCAGCCUCAAAAUCUCAUACAUUAGGUGCCCCACUCACAUUUGCCUGGACAAAAGUGAAGCAAAGCACUGUUUUUAGCAUUGGUGUGAGAUAGUGGAAGGACUAUGCCCACAAAUGGGUCUUUUUUUGGUUGCAUCAGUCAAAACCUUGCUUCUGGCUGGUAUGGUGACAAUUGCCUAUAAUCCAAAGCCUCUUAGGAGGCGGAGGCAGUAGGAUGGCAAGUUCCAGACCAGCUCCAGCAAUUUAGGGGCACCUUCUGAAAAUAAAAUAAUAAGAAUUGGGGUGUAGCUCAGUGGUAGAGUGCCCCUGGAUUCAAUCCCCAGAUUAAAAAAAAAAAAAAAAAAAAACCCUCUGGGAAAAGGAGGGUAGUUCAGAGAGCCAUUGACUUUGACUUCCUUAAUAAGCACUGUUUAUUCCCCUGCCCUAUAAAUGCAAACAGAUUCUGGAUUGUGCUUGGAGGACAGUUAGGAAGAAUAUAUGGUUAUACCUUACUUUACACAAGAAAUGUAUUCCAGAAAAGCUGCAUCUAUAUCAAAUCUCAAAUUCAGUGCCCUAAGAGAGUUCAGUAUUUAAUGGAACCUUAUGGAGAAUCCCUUUACAAUGUGAACAGUCAUCUUCUAAUUUAUUUCUUCUGUCUUUAGUUUUUCUAUAAACUGGAUUUUAAAAAAUUACAAUUUCAGAUGUGAAAAUAAAGCACAAGCAACCUUCUUUUCUCUCUCUUCCUGGCAAAACAGCCUGCAUUUACAGACAGAAGACAGAGAAGCCACAAUGUCACUUUCCACAAAAUUAUGGACAUUUCAUGUCUUUACUGGACCCCCAAAUUUAAACUGCAAUCCAGUGCUUCAGAGGUGCUGGCAUUACCUGUACAGAACAGUGAAAGAGAUUGUACUGUAUUGUGGAAUCAUGAAAAAGGAAAAAAAAAAAAAUGGUUCGUGUUAGAGGUAAUUUUUGUUUCUACCUGACAGUUUUUAGUAAAAUGUUUUAAUCCAAGGGAAUAGGAACUAAACUAGUGCCUUCUACUAAUGGACUCUGCCUUUUGUUAAAGGCUGAAUCUGCAGUGCUGCUAAUGCCAGCAGGUUUCCUUCUUAGUCUGCAGAGUACUACAGCAAUUUCUCACAUUUAUAGAGUCUUUGAGAAUAUGCUGUGGGUCAAAUUUUAAAAUAAUAUGCAUUGACUUUACAGGAAGUUGAAUGAACAUCAUAUUCAACAGAUAUCACGAUGUGCCUACUGUGUACCCAACAUUGGGCUUGGGCCCCUAGGGAAGAUACAAAAACAUAUAAGGCAAGGGCUCUUACAAUCUACUAGUGCCAAAAAGUGAAUAAUGACUUUGAUGAAAAAGCUGGUAAAACCUAUUUGACUAAAGUGAAAUUCUUAGAGAUAUAGACCAUAAAUCAAUGAUUAGAAAGCCAUUUGAUUUAAAGCCCACUAUAAUGGCGCUUUUCUCUUUGAGUUAUUAUAAUAAGGAUACCCAAUGAUUAAUUGCUGUGGGUAAGUUCCAAAAUAAAUUAGUUUUAUACAGAGUUCUGCUGUAAAUAGUAAUUUUGUAUUUGAUUUGUACAAUUAGCUUAGUCAAAAAGCAAGUUUUACCUCUAUGUGCAUUUGUUGCAUACAUACUUGAAAAGCUCUUAAAACUACGUGCUUCAAUUCUUUCUUUUCUUUGAAAGGAAAAUUAAAAUGUCAAGAUCAUUGUACUGUCAUGUAUAACUAAUUUUAAAAAAAGAAAAAGAAAGGAAAAUUAAAAGCUGUGGACAACAUUCCUCGUUAAAGUAUUAUAGUUUGGGCAGAAUUUCAAUUACAAAGUGAGAGUCACCCAGUAAAGAUAAAAGUUUUACUCUUGAAGUAAGUAAUAAGAUAUUGGCAAGUGAUUUUUUGAAGGUAGUUUGGUUUAGAUUUGAAUUCUAUCUAUGUGACAUUGGGCAAAUUAGUAAUAAUAUUGAGUGUCAGCUUCCUCAUCUGUAAAAUGAGGGGGAAAAGUAUUUCACAGCUCAUUAUGAGCAUUUCAGAAAAUAAAUGAAGAUGCCAACACUUAGUGAUUUUAGGAUACCCUCAUAUAUAUUUUAUGUCUGAAACUGUAUCUCAAGGUGUAUUGCAGAAUAAAUAUGAAAUAAAAAGGAA